AGGAGAGGAAGUCAGCUUGACGAGGGUGAACCACAGACACUGCCAAGAAAUGAUGAAGUCGCUGUCAAGGUGCACAGACUGAAACAAGACUCGGAAAAGAAAAGAGAGGUAACGUGAGAGAGAAAGAUUGUAGUAAAGCAUUAGAUCCUUGCUAUUGCUGUAUUGUAGCCGGGUCAGCGCCUAAACCUGGGGGAACCCCCUAAUCUGACAUGUUUUACUGCAUUGGACCUGCAACAUUUAGAGAAGCAAGACCACCCACGACCUUCGCUCCCCUCCAGUGCACUCACAGCCCCUAUACUCUAAAAGGAAAAGAGGCAGAGGUAGAAGGGAGCGAGCAGAGGGUAGAAAGAGGAAGCAGCGUGUUGCUAACUAAAUCCAGCCUCGGCUUCAGCACUUCUCGGUUUUGUUAAGCCAAAUAACGAUGUGCUCAGAGGAACAUUUCUCACUUGGAUUGGCUGUGACUGCGAGAUGACUGGGGUUUUUCUGAGUAUUCCCAUCAUGAGGCCUUACCGCUGCUGGACCGUCCUGCAUGUGUCCAUCUUGGCAGGGCUGCUUCUCACCUUAAAUGCUGACAGUCAGAAUUCAACUUGCGACAUAGAAAUUAGAGUACGUCGCGGCACGGUUUAUAAAGCUGUCCUUGGGGAAGACCUUCGGAUUAACUGCCCAGUUGCUUUCUGCAACAAUUCUCCACUGACAGUCUCCUGGUUUAAAUAUGAGACAACUAAACCUGUCCCUGUUGAUGUCAGCAGUAGCAGUCACAUUAAAACAGAGUGGACACAUUUAAAGCCUUUAGAAGGGAUAUCGUAUUUGAUUUUCCAAAAAAUACUCAGAAACGACUCAGGUCAGUAUCAGUGUACAACUGGAGGCAGUCAGAGUCAUAACAUCUACGUCUCUGUCUAUGGUGAGGGUGAGCGUAAUCUUACACGGAAUGACACAAUUAAGAAAACAGGAGGAAUGAUUUUGGAUCCUGGAGCCAGAGACGAUCUAUGGAUAUACAUGUACUUUGCAGCUGGGAUUGUGCCAUUUGUCAUCAUAGUGAUCAUUUUAUCCGUUGUAUCAAUGCGAGGGUGUAAAGGGAAGCCAAAGAAAGAGCGGCAAACUGAAAAUCAGUACAUUGCGAUCCCCAUGGUCGAGCAACCCUUCCCACACGCCAGCAUCCAGCCCUCGCCAAGAGGAACCCCCUCUGCGCCGCCGUCUCGGAGGUCCACCCGGAGGAUUACAUCACCCUCCCAACCCAAUGAGCUGCCAGCACCACGAGACAAUGAGGAAGAGGGGAGCUCUAUUGUGUAUGCUGCUCUCAACCAUCAGCUUCCAGGGGCGGCUGCUGGGCCGCCACGGAGACAACAGGAGGAGACUUCAGAGUAUGCGGCCAUCCGUGUUAAAGACCCAGCACCCAAUAUAAAUUACUUCUAAGUGGACCACAGCUCACAUUAGCCGGAGUAAAUAGGGCGAGGACCACAUUUCAAACUGGUACAUCCCAGAGGAGCUCAGCAGAGUGAUUAAAAGGAGAUUAUCAGAAAACUCCUCUGCUCUCUUAUCACAACAUGAGGAAAAUACAGUACAGACAUCUACCCGAGACUCUAAAGAUUUACCCUUUUACUAAAAUUUGCAUCUCUAUCUGGUCCCUGCUGUUUCACUCUGAUUGGAGACUCAUUAGACCUCUGUUCAAGGUGAAGAUUGGCUAGGCGGAGCUGUGCUGGGAAUUUGUGAGGUCAUCAUGUACCAAUAAGAAUGGAUACGCCCUAAACUAGCCAAAUUAAAAUGGAAUGUAACCAAGCGGUCUCCACUCCAUUUCAAUUCAGGACCAAAGACAACGAGGUACCUAUACUGUUUUGCUAUAAGGUUGCCUUCUUUGCAUCAUCAAACAGUAAAAACAUAUCAUUUUGCUGUUACUGACAUUGUCCCGCUGAAGCCAUGUUGCAGGAUUUCUUCAAAUAUACAAGGCUGUGAGCGACCAAACUGCCAACCUGAUCUCACAGAAUAACGUGAAAUGAACACGGCCCCUUAACUCAAAAUCGGUGGCAGUGUCACGGAAUCGCUGAAAAGUCCGUGAUGGGCCCACGGGAGAAUUCCGUGAAAUGAAAACGGCCCCUUAAGUUAAGGAAAAGGUCGUGGGAGGGUGGGACAACAACGGUUGUUUAGGAAAAGAAGAACGGGACGGCCGUAUACAGCAGACGGGUUGGGUUUAGGAAAAGAAC